AUGCCGCGCUACUAUUGCGACUACUGCGACACCUACCUCACGCAUGACUCGGUGCCCGGCCGCAAGCAGCACAACCGCGGCUGGAAGCACCGCGAGAACGUCAAGCUCUACUACGAGCAGUUCCUGGCCGGCCAGGGCGUCGUCAUGAACCGUACGCUGCGCUGCAACACCCCCACAGUAGUAUAUUCUUGUAGUGUCUAA